AAAUUUCACGUAUCUGUACUUUACUUCGCUAUUUAAAUUUAUGUCAACUUUCACUUUUACUCCACUACAUUUCCUAGAUAAAAUGUAUACUUUUACUCCGAUACAUUUCCACUAAGCAUCUUCGUUACUCGUUACUACAAAAUAAAAUGAUCAUAAGAAGAAAUGUGUGCGACUGCAAUAAGGGAGGUUUGGCGAAUCACUUCUCCUAGAUUCGCACACUCCACACGCUCUAUUUCAGCGUAAUGCUUGUUUGUUGCCAAAAAGGCGGAGGAAGCACAACUGAAACCGCCGGCGCCAUAUGGAAGCACCAACUGGAGGACCUCCCGUUAUCUUAGACGACCACCCCGACGAUAGUGGUGAACUCGGUGAACAGGUUGAAGAUAACGUUAUACACCCGUGGCCGUAUUUGCAAGAAAUGUUUCUGUACAUUGGAGUGAAAGAUUCUUCCUACCGGAUGAAGUGCCUCUUAUGCCUACCGAAAGUCACUGAAAUUUUGGCAUUCAAGAACUCCCCGUCCAACCUGAAGAAGCACAUCGAGAAAGCAUGUACACCACCUCAAAAAGUAUGAAGGGCUUACAUCAACAAAGAGAAAAAGAGCUCCUGAGACUCCCACCACCACCUCCAGCAUCAAGCAGACCACAUUGGUGAACACCAGGACUGUGUCUCAGAGGUCCAUUGACAAAGCUAUAGUGACUUAUGUGGUCCAAGGAUUCCGGCCAUUUCAUGUUGUUGAAGAACAACCAUUUCAAGAUUUUGUGAAGGAACUGCAGCCUAUUGCAAAAAUUAUGUCACGGCUAACUCUGCGCUCCAUGAUUGAUGAUGCCUCCAGGGGAAUGAAGAGGGCUGUGACUGAGGCCAUGAGGGGAGUUGACCAUAUCGCCACCACCACCGACUGCUGGUCUGUCAGAAGGCGGAGCUUCAUUGGUGUUACUGCCCAUUGGAUUGACCCCGACAGUCUCAAAAGAUGCUCAGCAGCCCUAGCCUGUAAACAGCUGAGAGGUUCGCACACAUUUGAUGUGUUGGCAAGUGCCCUGAAUGACAUGCACUCUGAAUUUGAAAUUCGGGGGAAGAUUGUGCGAACAACAACAGACAAUGCUUCUAACUUCAUAAAAGCGUUCAACAUUUUUGGUGAAGAUGAGAACAAUAAUGCCAUUGGAAGUGAUGGUGAUCAUGGCAGUGCACCUCAACCAGGAGAGGAAGAAGAUGAUCAAGAAGGGGAUGAAGAAGUGGAGUGUGUUGAUGUGUCAGCACUUCUGACUGAAGAUGAUGGUUUAGAGUUCCAGCUCCCAAAGCACCAGCGCUGUGCUUGUCACCUACUCAACCUAAUAGCUACUGUUGAUGCCAUAAAAGCCACAUCCAAUGAGGCGUACAAGAAAGUGUACCGUUCAACAUUUGGCAAGUGUAGUGCACUUUGGAACAAAUGUGGAAAAUCCACCCUUGCAGCCGAAAUGGUUGAACCCUCCAGCUGCUGCGCCCGAAUUCCACCAGGUGGAACUCCCUGUUCCUGGCAGUGGAAAGACUGCUGAGAAUAAUCAAAGAAAAGGGAGAGGGGACCAUCAGAGUCAUCUGCACUGACUUAAAGCUUCCAAUGUUUAAUCCAGCUGAACUCGCCUUUCUCGCAGAGUAUGCUGCUGUC